CUCCAGGCAGGAGAGCCUUUGAAGAAUUGAUUUCAAGCCAAUAGGCUGUCGAUACCACGAUGGAUUCAUCCAGGACCGCCGAUAGCUCUCUUGAAGCAUAUACUUCACUUCUGGAAUGGAUGGCCCAGAAUGGCGGCCAUCUCCAUGAAAGCGUCCAGAUUGCUAAAGAUGAAGCGCGAGGCGUUCAUCUCCAAGUCCGAAAGGACUGGAAGAGUGAAGUAACCAGGGACACGCACAUCAUCAAAACCCCUCUGCCUGCCACCAUGUCCUAUUUCAACGCCAUCGAUCAUCAUCUCCCAACUGACGAUGCGUCCAAGCCGGCCACUUUCUCUGCUCAUGGGCUUCACUUCCCGCGUGUAUUCAUGGACGCCGUGGGGUCCGAGGAGACAUCUGUGUUUUUUCUCAUGGGACAGUAUCUGCGGGGUUCGGAGGGAUUCUGGUUUCCGUAUAUUCGAACCCUUCCGCAGCCUGGUUCUUUGACGACUCCUUUGUACUAUGAGGGAGAGGAUCUGGAGUGGCUUAAUGGGACGAGCUUGUUGCCGGCUCGGGAGCAGAAGAUGAAGCUAUUCAAAGAUAAAUACGAAAAUGGCAUUGAAGAGCUCCGCAAAGCCGGGGUUGAAGAUGCCGAGAAGUAUACAUGGGAUUUGUACCUCUGGGCAUCGACUAUCUUUGUUUCACGCGCCUUUUCUUCAAAGGUUCUGUCCGGAGUCAUUGGCGAUGCCGAUUUGCCUGAAGACAGCGUCUCGGUUCUCCUUCCAUUCAUCGAUGUCUUGAAUCAUCGACCGCUUGCAAAGGUCGAAUGGCGAGCUGGUGAGGAUAGCGUUGACUUUGUUGUGUUGGAGACUGUCACGGCGGGUCAUGAAAUUGCGAAUAACUACGGACCCCGAAACAAUGAACAGCUGAUGGUAAACUAUGGCUUCUGUCUUCCAAAGAAUCCAUGUGACUACCGCAUUGUCAACCUGCGAGCACCGCCGGGUAGUCCGCUCUACCAAGCCAAAGCUGCGCAGCGACAAAUGUAUCCGGAACUGGCCAAGGAUGCAGAUGAUCAUUAUUACGUAUUCAACGUCUUUUAUCCCCUUCUUACUCCAGACACAUCCAUGGAAAACGCGAUAUUCUCUCCUGCGCUUUUCAACGGCGUUGCUGUUUUGGCCGCAAAUGAUAGAGAAUUGGAGACAUUGGAGAUUUCUGAAUCAGGAAUCCGAAUCCCGGAUCUUUAUGGAAACUCGCGCACCAUCCUCGCUGCUCUCAGCCAGAUCAUUAUUGAGCUUAUUACACACAUUGUGAAAUUGAAAUCUUCCGGGCAAGACUUGCAGCACCCGCAAAAUCUGAAACAAACACACGCAAAGGUCUACCGUGAUAGCCAAAUUAUGUUGUCGGAGACAGCUCUGGUUGUUGCUGCAUGGACUCUUACUCGUGCGCGGCAACAUGGCUUUGGUGGAAGCUGGGACGAAACCAAGAGCCUCCUCGCUUCUCACAUGGCUCGGGUACCUGCAGGCAAGUUCCCGGGAGAGAUCAUAUCCCGCAUUCAGGUGAGGAUCCUUGAACGCAAAUCACUUCUUGUGAACGAUGGAGAGCUAUUUGAUCUGAAUGACCUGUUUGGCAUUCUCCCUGGCGACAUGCAAGAAAAUUUCAAGUCAUGCCACCAAGGCAUUUCUACUCAAUCCAGCAGAGCCAUGCCGGUACUGAGAGGAAGCCCGGGCUCAUCGCCAUUUGCCUUUCCGAUAUUCUUAUGCUUCGUGACAGCGGUUUACCAGAACUCCAAAUCCUCUCCUGAAAACCCCCAGCUUCCCGCUCGUCUUGUCAAAUGGGUUAAUCUCAUUCUUGAGAACAAUCCUACGCCCCCUGAUGAUGUGGCCUGGAUGCUGGAAGACGAAGAUGACGAGCAUAUGGUUAGUGAGUUUGACGAGGUUCUCGAGGAUAUGAAGACACGGAAUCAGUCCGUUUUCUCCAAUAUCGCUCAGUACACGGGAGAGUGGAAAGAAGACAGCUGGUGGCUUGCUCCGAACUGGCUGAGAUGGGCGUGGAUGGUUAUGGAGCAGGAAACGGUGCAAGUGCCCGAUGACCCGCUGAAACUGUUGGCAGCGGGUGGUCCUGGUCAGGGCUCAGUGAUGCUGUCCACGGUGUCUUAUCUGUAUAUUCCACAGGAACCUCAACAGCAAUAAGGGCAAUAGGCCCCUAAAGAGUAAAAACAUCAUGCAAUUGACUUAAAUGAGAAUAAACAAAAUAAGC